GGGAAAAGGAAAGUGAAGCUUUAAUUCUGUCCAGGAUCUCCAGGAUGAAGGAAACGUUCAGGUUUCUGGUGGUUUUGGUUCCUCUGCUGGUUUCUGUGGAGCGCUCAGAGUGUGUGCGGUGUUUUGGUUCUUUUGACCUGACCACAGGUGAGUGUAGUGAAGAUUUGGGCGAUGUGGACGAAGAUGAUUGCUGUCAGAACUCCCAAUACGGCUACGAAGCAGAAGAUGGAUCAUGUCAUUCCUGUGGCCCACCCACAUGGUCUCCCUGGACGUCUUGGUCAUUCUGCAAUGUUCUGUGUGGAGAGGGCGUGAAACAGAAAAGCAGGAAGUGUCAUGGCAUUGGAAAAGCAGAGUGUGAGAACCCUCUGGACACACUGCAGACAGACGUGUGCAGCGGCACCUGCUGCAAUGAUAAGGGCUGGGGCUUAUGGAACCCCUGGACUCCAUGCUCAGUCACCUGUGGAGGAACAGGAACCCGAACAAGGCAGAGAGUCUGCUCCAGUCCUCCUGAAUGUCGCUCGGCAUGCAUUGGCCCUGAAGAAGAGAAAGAGUCCUGUGAGGCCAGCAACAGGUGUCCAGUCCACGGAAGUUGGUCCAGUUGGGAAGCUUGGUCACAGUGCUCUGGUUCCUGUAUCACUGACCAAAACAUGCCCACAAAGGUACGACAGCGCACCUGCUCCAACCCAGCCCCCUCUACUGACACGGUACCACCAGGCAACAACUGUCCUGGUGAUGCUCUUGAGACGCAGGACUGCAGCGAACUCCCUAAUUGUCCAGUGGAUGGCAACUGGGGGUUCUGGUUUCCACCUGCUCCGUGCUCCGUCUCUUGUGGAGAGGGUCUGCAGCUGUCAUUUAGGCGGUGUGACAACCCUAGCCCUAAAUAUGGUGGCAAAUAUUGCGAGGGGCCAAGCACUCAGAGCAGCGUCUGUAAUAGACCCUGUCCUUUCCAUGGAGUCUGGUCUGGUUGGUCAAACUGGGGCGACUGUUCAUCUUCCUGUAUCCCACCUGGCGGAGCUUCAUUGAGGACUCGCCAUCGAUCUUGUUCUAACCCUGCCCCGUCGUUGAACCCACCUGGUAAUGCAUGCCAAGGUGACAACUCCCAAACGGAACAUUGCAACCACCUACCUCAGUGCCCAGUGGAUGGCAACUGGGGUCCCUGGUCAGCCUUCACUCCAUGCCCUGUUACAUGUGGCGUGGCUCUUCAGGUCUCGGAGAGGAGAUGUAACAACCCUGCUCCCAAUCAUGGUGGCCGUCCAUGUCCUGGAAACGAUAAGCAAACCAAGCUGUGCUCAACACAAGUCCACUGCCCAGUGGACGGCGUGUGGGCCGAGUGGUCCGCUUGGGGUGCCUGUACUUUUGCAUUUGGAGGAAGAGAUAUCCGCUGCAAGACAACAGGUGGCAAGCAGACUCGAAGCCGCACCUGCCUACAUCGAGCUCACAACGGCUCCAUCUGCACCGACGGAAAGUUGACAGACACUCAGGUCUGCUACAACGUCGAUAAAUGCUAUCUGAAAGGAUCCUGGGAUGGCUGGGAGCCUUGGAGUUUAUGUAAACCGCCCUGCGGAGUCUCGUCUAAACGUAGGAGGUUCCGAAUCUGUAAACCUGACUACAGCGAGUACAAUCCAACUAUUGGUCGUCAGCGGGAACCAGCACAUUUCCAUGGAAAGCCAAAUGCCGACUGUGGCGCGCUUCCUGACGGAGAGAAGAAGUAUGAAAUUGAAGACUGCCUUAAUGUCCCUUCCUGCACCUAACAGUACAUCAGCCGACGUCAACAAUGUCAAAGCUAGCUUUAUUGGUGACAUAUUUGCAGAAACUGCAUUUUAAAGUCUGUUUUCAAAACUUUUUACUCUGCAAGAUGGGUAAAUUUGUUGCCUUGGUUUUUGUGAUUUUUGUCAUUCUUUAUACAUCCAAAUCAGAUUCUUUAUUAUUGUAAUAGCUUUAAAAGAAUUAGACUAAAAAAUAAAUAAGCAUGAAUCCGACUGUAAAACAUACUGUGUUUCUUCCGCUUCUGAAACAGUAAUUCCAUUUUAGGAAUUAAAUCACACUUAAAACUC